CAUUGCCGCCGCAGGAUGAUCCACCAGCAUGGGGACGCAGUCCGUCUUCUCUGGCAAGAGUACGAGCGCGCAGCGAGACAAACGAUCUUAGCUCGGAGCUUCCGAUCGUGGCAAAGACAGGUGCGGCUUUACGUCCGUCAACGAACACGAGAAAUCGACCGGGUGCAGCGACGCGAUCGAGUGCUGCGUGUGGGCAUUCUGCUGUACGAUCAAACGAGGCUGCGGCGUGGCAUGGACGCAUUUCGCCAGCGUGUGGUGGCCAGCCGAACGCUGGAUGCCGUCGUCGCCAACCAACGUCAACGCAAUGCGCUGCACAAAUGGUCUCGAAUCGCAUGGCACGAGCGCAUGGAGGAACAAGUGGCCGCGCAAGCAUGGGUGCUUCACCACCGUCGCGCAGUCAAGCAACUGCUUUUCACUCUCCAACGAUGGCGCAAACGACGCCUUUGCCGCGGGCUCGCGCGGUGGCAGCUGCAUGUUCAAGCGUGUCGAUGGCGGAUGUAUGCAUCAACAAAACACCAAGCCCCAUGAACGAGAUGAAGCUCAUCGCGCCAUCACCAACGGCCCCUUGGCAGCCAAACACCCUUGGCGCUUCGUCGCUUGAGCCGUCGUGUGCUGGAAUCGGACUUUGAAGAUCGCGGAUAAAUUAGACAGGCUUCUUACUCUACACGGAUUACAUGACGGAACAGUGAGGGCCGCAAGUGGAGGCGGUAGGCGUCGUCACGUAGAGCGAGCUGCGCUGCCUGGAUGGUGGCGACAUCGGUGGCGACGCUGCUGACGAUUUGAUGGCGUCGGUGCCGUACUUGAGUUGAACGUCGGUCGACAAAGGAUUUACAGACGCCCCGCUUCCGGUGACGACAACCAGACCUCGACUGGGAUCCUCUCGGAGCCGCACGAUCAGUUCGUCGUUCUCUUGUCGGAGAAACACGGCCUGUUCGACGCUUACGUCCAGGUGGUGCUCCAGGUCUUCGAUGGACGCCUGCAAUUCACGCUCCCGUCGUUCUAAGUCGUCGUUGCGUUGCUCGAGUCGUUGAACGUCGCUCUUGAGCUCUGCAUUUGCCUUCAUGAGCUCGGCCACAACGAUGUGAAGCUUGGACAAGUCUUUGCUGGCACUGUCGGCGACUGCUCGAGCUGCUUCGACGUCCAGAGUCCCUCGACGUAUUUGCUCGACAAGCUUUGUGUUCAUGGAUUCAAGACGAAGCACUUCUGCCUCUAACUCGCGCUCAAUGUCACAGCUGGAAGCGACGUAAUCGUCGUGCUCUUGUUGGAGCGCGCGCAAGUCGGCCUCUCGCUGGCGCACCUGGUGUGUUAGGUCCUCGAUCAUGGACUGUUUCUCGGGCAGGUCCAUAGGGUGUCGAUGGAGUAGGUGCACCACCGUUGGAGCAUCGUCGCCGUGCAUGGAAUCGUCUCGGUGUCGCACUCGCCGCAGUUGUUGCCACCAGCCGCCUUGGAAACUGU